AUGGGCUCCACAGAAGAGACUUUGGAGUCAUCUGAGAGUUCGUGGGUUUUCGAGUCUUUGUGGAUAGGAGUGUUGGAAAGCAUGAAAUCUGGCGUUCCAACGGUAGCUCUGGCUUUGCAUAUUGGUCAACCUUUGAAUGCUGAAUUUGCAGUGGAGUCCAACAGAAAAUCCAGAGCCGAAGGAAAAAAAAUGCAUUACUGGAUUCGAGCUUCUCCCUCGGAUUUCUCCGGUCCUUUACCUCUACCUCGCAGUGGUCACACUGCUGUUCUUGUCGGCAAAUCGAAGCUGGUCGUGUUUGGUGGACUCCUCGACAAGAAAUUUGUCUCUGAAAUCACAGUUUAUGAUCUGGAGAAUAAAUUAUGGUUUAAGCCAGAGUGUAGUGGAAGUGGGUCUGAUGAUGGACAAGUGGGACCUAGCGCUAGAGCAUUUCAUGUUGCUGUUUCUAUUGACUGUAAUAUGUUUAUUUUCGGUGGCCGGUCCGGUAGUAAAAGGUUGGGCGAUUUUUGGGUUCUUGAUACAGAGAUAUGGCAAUGGUCAGAGUUGACCGGUUUUGGCGACUUGCCUUCACCGAGGGAUUUUGCUGCAGCUUCGUCUAUUGGGACCCAGAAGAUUGUAUUGCAUGGUGGCUGGGAUGGCAAGAAGUGGUUGUCAGAUGUCUAUGUCUUGGACACAAUGUCACUUGAGUGGAUGGAGCUGGCAGUUACAGGAACUUUGCCUCCACCUAGAUGCGGCCAUACAGCGACCAUGGUUGAGAAACGGUUACUUGUUUAUGGUGGAAGAGGUGGUGGUGGGUCAAUCAUGGGGGAUUUAUGGGCUCUGAAGGGUCUUAUUGAAGAAGAGAAUGAAACGCCUGCAUGGACUCAGCUGAAGCUUCCUGGUCAAGCUCCUCCUCCUCGUUGUGGCCAUACUUUAACUUCUGGAGGGCACUACUGUCUGCACAGUGGCGGCGCUUACCUACUGGUGGUGAUCCCCCCUGUUCGGGCAUACCACUCUAUGACAUGUGUUGGUUCACGGUAUUUGUUAUUUGGUGGCUUUGAUGGGAAGUCAACAUAUGGAGAUUUAUGGUGGUUGGUUCCAGAAGGGGACCCAAUUGCAAAGCGAUUCACUGCAUCUCCACCAGAAGUUCCUCCACAAAAUAAGGAUGAUAGUGUCCAUUCACUCGAGGCCAGUUUACUUUCCCACUCUAAAUAUGCAAAUGACUUGCAAAAUGUUUCACAGGAAAGCGAAAGUGAAGGAUCUGCUAUAUUAGAAUUACAAAAGAGAUUAGAAAUUUCAGCUUCACUCUCUAGUUCUGGGCUUCAAAUUGUAGAUGAGUUGGAAGAUAGAGAAUUUCUUGAACUUGCCUCAAGGCUGAUUGGAGAUAAAGUUUCCAAUAAUGGACAGGAAAUUCAGGCUGUCCGUGACCACUGGAGGAAGUCUUCACCAAGGUCAAUACCACUUAAGGAGCUAGGCCCCUUGCUUCGUGACUACCAGCGCCUGAUUACUCGCCAUUAUUUAGCAAAUGGUGGAGCUGACUUAACCUCCGCAGAAUCUGGUUUUCCCGGGAAAGACUCUCAUAAGUUUUAUCACAUAAAAAGUGCUUCUAAGUUGCGCAUGGAUAAUAUUGCAGAGUUGCUGGAAGAGUAUAAAAAGCUUUCAUCUGAUUGA